CCCACUUUCUGGGAACAACUUCGAAAGCAUAGAAAACGGAAGUAAACAAACAACUUCUAGAGCUUCUCAAGAGUCGAGACUUCCAUCCUAUUUCUGCUACUUUUUCUUCCACAAGAAACAUAUUCUCGUGGAUAAUCUGCGCGAGAAACGGCUAGAAGCUAACAAAGAAGAUGCCAGACUACGUAGAGACGAACUUUGACGAGAGGAGUGGCUUUGUUCCAUGUGCGACACCUUGGGGAAGAUGGUGGCAGACGGUGGCAGAGGUUCACGUUGAGGUCACCAUACCAGAAGGAACCAGGUCAAAGUUCAUACAGGUCACCGUUAAGCCAUCACAUAUGAAGGUUGUGGUUUUGGACAAAGUGAUCAUUGAGGGAUCCUUAUUUGCUGUGGUUCGAACUGACGAAACCAUAUGGACCAUCGAGGACAAGAAGAUACUGCACAUUGCCAUGACCAAGGCUGACGCUUGCACGAAGGAGACGGUGUGGGGGGGGCUGUUGAAGGACGAGUACCUUGCUGACCCCUGGACACUACACGAAAUGAGGAAGAAGCUGGAUCUGGAGCGGUUCCAGAUCGAGAACCCAGGAUUUGACUUCAGUGGAGCGCAACUGAAGAAGGGUUACGACUCACCGAAAGGAUCUGAAAUAGAGGAAUGGGAGAAGAAGCAGAAAGAAAAGCUAGAAGCAGCAGCAGAUCAAUGAAAGGAGGAAUGGAAAACAUUAGAUACUGAUAAAUUAGUACAAAGUAUAUGAUCUAAGUCAGUUUUAUAAGUUUUACAGACUGUUAUUGAUUAUUUUUAUGCUAUUUCUUAUUCAUGAUUAAUUAUCACUUUUAGAGAUGUAUUUUUUUCAUAAUAAUUAUUAUUAUUACUAGAUCCAAUAUUAUCAUUAUUAUUAUAGUAAAUUCUUUUUAUAUAUUAUUCUCUCUGCUUGGUAAAUGAUAUUCAUUAAUAAGGUAGCUUCUUGAGUGUGUAAUAGCAUAAUGAUUUAUUCGAUGGUGCUGGUGGAAGAUGCAACACUCAAUAUAUAAUUAUUUAUGUUAUCAUUGUUGUUAUAGUUACUCCAACUCUAUAUAAUGAAAAUUUGAAACAGUUCAUCAAAGCUUUUAUAUACGCCAAUGAAAGAGACCCAUGUUUUCAUCUUUAGUAACUUUAUUAAAGAAAAAAAAACAAACUUUCCCAUUAAUGAUUCUAAAAUUUGUAAGGUAGACAUAAAGAUUUAAUUCCAGAGAAUAAUUUUGUUGUAUCUCCUGAUCAUAAAGUUUUGAUGUUGUAUAACAUAUAAUAGAAUUGCAUUUUAGCCGGAUAUCGACUCAGGAGAACAGAGUAAUUAAUUUUAAAGAUUUUAAAGUUGGAUUUAUAAGCCUUUAAAAUAUUUCUUUCUUUUUUUUUCUUGAAAUUGCUAUGCUAAUUUAUUUUUGGUGUAUGAAUGAUGUUUCCUUUAAAGGGAUAGUAACUUACAUGAGGCUUCAGAUGGUAUUACCAAGGAUAGUGUUACAAUACUCGAUUUAGAUUAUCAUUCCAGGAUUUCAUUAUUGGUUAUGAUUAUAAUUCUGUUGUCCAUAAAAUGUGUGCCCUUUCUAGUACGGUUAAGGAAGAGGCUGCAAUGAAUGUCUGAUAUGCUGUAAUAAGUAUUGUGUGAUAUAUUCUGAAAGAGGGUAAUAUUCUGAUAUACAGGUGUUUCUAUAUAACAAUUAUCUUUUGAUUAGAAUUAGCCUUUCAUAAAAGUAAGAAAUUACUUAGAAUCAAAGUGCGAUGUGUGAAAUAAGACACAUUUGAUGUAUGUGAAUUAUUGCCAAGAAAAAUAUAUUAUGAGAAGUCAA